CUGGGUCGAUGAACCGCUGCACGUAAAGUGUUCUUCUUAAACCGCCCGGCAGCUCAAAACCCCCCAAAAUCCAAUCGAGCAGCGAAACAGUUCACCGACGGACGCAACCAAACCCGUAGGCACCCGAUGAGGGUGGAGAGGGCAGAGCUGGCGAAACUGAUUGGUUUUCGAUUUUAACGGAGAGCCGCCUUAUUUGACUCAGCACCGACUCAGGUUUUUCCCAGGAGAGAAAAGCAAGUUUGUGUGCGAGAACGCUGUCACCGGUGGUGGGGGGACUGACUGGGUGGACACUGGUACACGGAGGGGGUGGUGUUUGUUUAGAAGGGGGGGUAACAAUCUGCGCGAACCUGGCCCUUUAAAUUACCUCCACAACCACUGUAGACGCGACAAGUCAACUUACCUGCAGGUACCCGAGCCAGCUUUGGUCUACAGCCUCUCCAUCAUCCAGAAUUUUCUCAUUUUACUCGGCACGAUAACCGAUGGCAGAGAAUGUCGACGAGUAAUAACAUAGCCCAGGCCAGGAAGUUGGUGGAGCAGCUGAGGAUCGAGGCAGGCUUCGAACGUAUUAAGGUGUCUAAGGCUGCUGCAGACCUCAUGAGUUACUGUGAGCAACAUGCCCGCAGCGACCCUCUGCUGGUGGGGGUUCCCACCUCGGAGAAUCCUUUCAAAGACAAGAAGCCUUGCAUCAUUCUAUAGCUACUCUGUCUAGCCCAGCUAUCCCAGUCCCACUUUAACCGAUGCCCAUCCCCAGGCAAUGGGCAAUUCAGUCCAACAAUUCUUUUUACCUGGUAUUCUCCAGCAAAAUAAACGCCACGCUCUCUCGGUAAAAACAAAAAGGGGCAAUAUCCGUAUUACCUAGCGUCAUGUAGCCCGGCGUUGAGUGAAUCUAGAUGAAUGAAUCUGCACAGUACGUUCAUGCAUAUAGACGCACUUAACUGGAGGUGGCAGAUUUGGAAUUUCUAAACCGUUUUAAAAGAUUACUCGGAGACUCCAGCAUGUUUUUCAGUGCAGCGGCUGACCUUGUUACCAUAGGUGAUGGAGGAGAGUAAAGGAAGACAGUCAUGGUUAUGCUGACUGACUAGCUGGCUAGCCCAGUCACACUGUGGUAAACGUGGUAAAUCGUAUUAACCCUGCAUUGUUACGUCGAAUCUGCAAGCUAAAGGUUUAUUUUAGAUUUGUAUGGCCAAAAUUUAAUCCAGGUAUGCUUACCUUUAUCACAAUAGCACAUUUCAUAUUUUACAAAGGGAUUCAAGACAUUAACCAGAGUUGCCAAUAUUUUUACUUUUUUUGUUUUGUUUGUGAGCUGUUGUUCUUUUUUUAUCGAUUAAAACUCAUUAGGUUUAAUGCUUUGUUUUUUUUUCUUCUAAUGUUUAUACUAUAUUUCAGAAUCCUCAAACAUUAAGUUAUAAAGGAAUGGUUUUAUAUAAUGGAGAAAAUAUAUUUACCUAAUACUAUCCUUCCCAACCCCCUCCUUGAGUGCAGUUCUGUAUAAAAAUUGAGAAAUAUUAAUGUGAUAUUCAAAAAAAAAAAGUUGGUCAAAUUUAUUGAAAGCUGAAGGCCAAAAUUUGGUAUCAAAUAAUAAUACAUUUUUACAAUCCUGAUAGCAGAGGCUUGGAAAUGCCUCGUAGAAUUGCGUCAUUUUAAAGUCGAAGCCCCUGCAAAGGCCAUUUUUGUUUUUUCUCUGAAACCAAACUUGAUUGUAAAAUCCAUACAGAAGGAAAAAAAAUGUAUAAACUUUCUUUUGGAUAUCUUCAGAGGUGUUAACUUUGAGAAUAGCUGUUUGGAUUUGUUUGUUCCAAUUUCUUCUUUCUAUGGAAACAUGGAAUCUGGUCAUUGAGUAUGAAACUGUACAGUGUUUGAUAACUAAAGCUCAUUCUUUCUUUCUUUUGUGGAUGUUUUAUCUUUUUGUAAUCUUUGUGUAAAAUUUUCGUUUCUUCCAUCAUUCAUAUUUAACCAUUGAGUUAGUCCUGUGUCAGGCGAGGCAAAAGACACGAGCAAAGGAUUUGAUGGACUUGUACAUGUGAUGGGUUACCUGCUUCCUGUGAGGGAAUGUGGAACAGAUUGUUAACACAAUGCCCACACAAGGUGCUUAAGGCUUUGCUCGAGGCUCGUUUCAUGAGUCUAUCUAAAGGGCAAGACGUUCAGCCUUAUGCAACAGGCCGUUGGGUUUGGCUCGGCCUGAGCAGUCACAUGCAGAAGAUGAGUGGCAAGGUCAACCCACAACUCUAAUUGUCUAAUGUCACUCAGCACAUGAUGCUCGCAGGGAUCUGAGAGUCUUUCGGCCCCCGAGAGUGACUGUUUUGCAUGUGACAUGAUCCCCAAACAGUCACUCACAGUAUUCAGAUAAGUGCUAAAAACAGAAUUCCCCCACUGCCCGCUUCGUAUGCUGGAAAAUAACAACAUAGCGCAGGAAAAAGGGUCUCGUUGUGGGACAGAGGGGUUUUGUGCUCCCUGCGGUCCAUGGGAUGCUAUCAUCAGCUCCUGUAUUAAGAAUGACUAAGGCGGGGGAAGGUCACGAGAUGCUAUGUGUCAUCCAGCAGGUCAGCGAACAACAGAAUUGCUCAGUGGACAGAGCUGCUCCAGUGACAUCACUUCCUGUCAAUCCAAAACGGAGCAGUAUAGUGUCUUUUUGCAUUUCUGCAGAUGGGUA